AUGGAGUCUGAAUUUGACAGACUGGAGAAGGCAUACGGUCGCCUCGAGCGUCAUGCUCGCUUGCGCGAACAUGCGUUUGAAGCGCAGCGCCUCCAUGAUCACAAUCUGAUCGAGGAGCAUAACGUGAGAUACGAUAAGCUCCGCGCCCUCUGUGAGCAAAAGGUCCACGACAGUCAUGAGAAGGCAACGCGCAAGGUGCAAGGCGCGCAAAAGAUGGCGUGGGACAUGAGCGAGAAAUGUGAAGCCAGCCGGAGACUUUGCAGAGAGCUUGAGAAUGAGAUAUCAACGCUCAAAGGAACGGUCCGGAGCAUGCAAUCCGCUCAGAUGGAGUCUGCCGAUGCAACACGCUGGCCUUCCCAACCUGCGUCGACUAUCGAACACAAGCUCAAGGUGCUCUUGUCGCAUGUGCGACAGUGGGCAAAUAGGCAUUCCAAGUUGCCAUUGGAGGAGCUUUCCGAAAAUCAGACAUUCAACACCAUAGUCAAUCGUCUUGUAGAUCGGGGUUGCCUAGCGGAUCCGGUCCGAUUGAUGAAGUGCCUGAGGGAUAGCAAGAUUAUGCAGAAGCCAGGAAAAGCUUUCUCUUUGCUUUUGACUGCUGCAGUGUCGUUCGAAAUCAUGCAGAAGAUCAUCGGGGAUCCUUUCUUUGCCUUCGCUGGACGAUCAGAAGACAAUAUGCUUCCGGCCCAUUAUGGACAAGUUCUGACAGAGCUGCUCAAGUUCCUGAAUGAUGGUGAUGAGAAAUCGUGCGAAGCUGUGAGAUGCCAGAUUUUGCGCCUGCUUCAGCCAGCUACCAACAACCAAAGUGAGUCCGCUGGUCAAAUUCGAUAUGUGAUUGAGCGGAGUCAGAAGUCUGCAGUAUCGGUGCUUGCCGCGACUAUCAUGGAGAACUUCAUGGGUGAGCAAUCGGAGGACGAGAGCAUUCCCGCACGGAUGGGACUUGAGUCAAUCAUGCUCGAGGCGGUAGAGCUGUCUAGUAGCUUGUGGACACGGAUGGCACGCAUCCAGACAGCGAACCUCCCAGUGCUAAGCGCUAUUGAGGAGAGCGCACUGGUGUACAGGUCCUCAUCGAAGUGGCUCGAACCGCACAGCAUUCACGGCAUGGCCCUUGAGGCAGACCCAAAGUCGCUGGACGGAUGUGAUGUCGUUCUCCUCUGCAGUCCAGCUAUCCUCCGUGCCGGCAAUUCCGAUGGCGAGGACUACCACAAGGGUAGCCUGCUCAAGAAGGCAGUCGUGUGGCUAGGCUGA